AUGUUCGCUGUAAUCAAAACUGGUGGCAAACAGUAUACUGUUGCCGCAGACGACCUCCUGAAGGUCGAGAAACUUGACGCCGAAGCCGGCGGCACCGUCACUUUUGAAGACGUGCUCAUGGUAGGCAACGGCACGGACACCACCGUUGGGGCUCCGACCGUGGAAGGCGCCAGCGUUGUUGCGGAAGUGGUCGAUCAGGGCCGUGGCCGCAAGAUCAUUAUUUUCAAGAAGCGCCGGCGCCAGAAUUCCCGCCGUCGCAAUGGUCACCGUCAGUCCUACACCCUCGUCAAGGUGACGGACAUUCUGACAGGUGGUGCAAAGCCGGCCAAGAAGGCAGCGCCGAAAAAGGCUGCGCCGAAGGCCGACGAGCCGAAAGCCGAGGCAGCUCCGAAAGCUGAAGAAGCCAAGGCAGACGUGAAGGAAGCCAAAAAGGAAGAAGCAGCCGUUGAGCCGCUCUUCACCGCACCGGAAGGCAAGGACGAUCUGAAGAAGAUCUCCGGCGUCGGCCCGGUUCUUGAGAAGAAGCUGAACGCUCUGGGUAUCACCACCUAUGAGCAGAUCGUCAACUUCUCAGCGGAAGACAUCGCCCGCGUUGAUGAGGUCCUGAAUUUCAAGGGACGUAUCGAACGCGACAACUGGGUUGAGCAGGCCAAGGAACUGGCAGGCAACUGA